AUGAUAGCUGUAGAGAAUAACAAACACGUAGCCACUAAUGGCAGAUAUUUCAAGACGACCCCAAUAAUUCACUCUUCUUCAAAGCUAUUAUCUCGAAGGCAGUGCUGCGAAAAUAAACAAGAUGCGGUUCGAGCCAUCACGCUUCUGCAAAUCGUCGAAAAGUCUUCUUCCUUUUACCUCGGCACUAUUCUAUCUAAUGGCUUAAUAAUUUUCGAAUAAGUUGUGGAGAAAGGUCACGAAUGUGAGUCAGUUUCUUCGAAAGUCAAGGAAUUUGAGACACCGAUGAAGUUCCUGCGACCUAUGACCGACCAAGAAUCCCAAGACGUCCUUCCGAAGAUGUCGUUGCCCAGAUAUCCGCUAACUGGUUCGUGUAAAUACUGA